UCAAGUGCCUGGCGCAUGCUGUGGGAUUCUCUCUGCGCAUUUCCAGUUCUCUUGCUCGGACCCACUAAUCCAGGCUCGGCCAUGUCAGCUGCCCCGGCCCUGAUGCAGGGCAUGUACCAGGAGCUGUCUUGCCCCCUCUGCCUCAAGCUCUUUGAGUGCCCGGUCACGGCCGAAUGCGGGCACAGCUUCUGCCGGAGCUGUCUGGCUCGCUUGCCCCAGGACCCCCAGGCCGGGGGCACCCCCUGCCCCUCCUGCCAGGCGCCCACCCGGCCUGAGGGGCUCAGCACCAACCAGCAGCUGGCACGACUGGUGGAGAGCCUGGCCCAGGUGCCCCAGGGGCACUGUGAAGAGCACCUGGACCCGCUGAGCGUCUACUGCGAGCAGGACAGGGUGCUGAUUUGCGGGGUCUGUGCCUCGCUGGGGAAGCACCGGGGUCACAGCGUGGUGACCGCCUCCGAGGCCCAUCAGAGGAUGAAGAAGCAGCUCCCCCAACAGAGGCUGCAGCUUCAGGAGGCUUGUAUGCGCAAAGAGAAGAGCGUGGCCCUUCUGGACCGCCAGCUGACUGAGGUGGAGGAGACAGUGAGGCAGUUCCAGAAGGCGGUGGGGGAGCAGCUGGGAGUGAUGCGGACCUUCCUGUCGGUGCUGGAGAAAAACCUGGGGCAGGAGGCAUCUCGGGUGACCGGAGAGGCUGGGGCUGCCUUGCAGGGGGAACGCCGGGGCCUGGCCUCCUACCUGGAACAACUGCGCCAGAUGGAGAAAGUGCUGGACGAGGUCACGGACCAGCCCCAGACGGAGUUUCUUCGGAAAUACUGCCUGGUGACCAGCAGGCUGCAGAAGAUCCUGGCUGAAUCACCUCCUGCCGCCCGCCUGGAUAUUCAGUUGCCCAUCAUCUCUGAUGACUUCAAAUUCCAGGUCUGGAGGAAGAUGUUCCGGGCCCUGAUGCCAGCCCUGGAGGAGCUCACCUUCGACCCCGCCACAGCCCACCCCAGCCUGGUGGUCUCGCCCUCGGGCCUUCGGGUGGAGUGCAUGGAGCAGAAGGCCCCCCCGCCAGGGGACGACCCCCAGCAGUUUGACAAGGUCAUGGGGGUCGUGUCUCACCAGCUGCUGUCCGAGGGCGAACACUACUGGGAGGUGGAUGUGGGGGAGAAGCCCCGCUGGGGGCUGGGGCUGAUCUCCGCGGAGGCCGGGCGCCGGGGCAAGCUCCUCCCCAUCCCCUCCCAGGGUUUCUGGCUGCUCGGCUUCCGGGACGGUAAGGUGUUCGAGGCUCACGUGGAGAGCAAGGAGCCCAAGCUUCUCAAGGUGGAGGGAAGGCCCACUCGGAUUGGGAUCUACCUGAGCUUCCAGGACGGGGUGCUGAGCUUCCACGACGCCAGCGAUCCGGACAACCUGACUCCCCUUUUCUCCUUCCGUGAGCGGCUGCCCGGCCCCGUCUACCCCUUCUUUGACGUCUGCUGGCACGACAAGGGCAAGAACGCGCAGCCCCUGGUGCUAGUGCGACAGGAAGAGUGAUGGGCCCCGGUGGGCAGUGUGAAGGGUAUUGCGGGGCAUGGGGUGUAAUGCCCGCAGGCCAGAAGGGAGGGCAUAAUACCCCUUCUCCCUUCUCAUUAGACUGGGAGCCCCAUGUGGGACAGGGUCUAGAUCUAAUUUGUUCAUUUGUAU